AUGGCCAGACGCGGAACGUGGGGACUUCUGGGGAAGCUCCCGAUGACAAUUGCGACAGCUCAUAGGUCGCGUGAAGCCCCGCUGCUGACACAACGGGAUGGUGUCUUCAACACAGAGCUCUGA